AUUAACAAGGACACCCCUGAAAUAAUAAUUUACUGUUUAGGAGCUGCCAUUCAACGAAGUAUAAUAUUGGCUCUUCGACUAUGUGAUUCUUACACAAACUACAACAUCCACACCAAUACAUUAACCACUGAACUCAUUGAUGAUUUAGAACCGGCUGCCGACGACGCAGAUUACGAGAUUCAAAGACGCAACAAUUCAGCACUAAGAAUCCGUCUUUAUCGAAAAGAUCUACUGGAAACGGAACGAGAAUAAGCGAUGUUUUUCAUGCUCGAAGAGCUAGUUCGAUGGCUCGGCCUUACGGUCUUUGAAAUAUGGAUAAAUCUUAUAUCUCUGUUGAUAUUUACUUUAUUGCUAGCUUUUAAAUUUGACCCAACAAUUGAAAUGGCCAACAAUGAUUGGUGGUUAAUAUUUUCACCAUUAUUUGCUGGUGACGCACUGAACACUUAUUUCUGUAUUAUUAUAUUUAUUAGAAGCCUUUUAGAGGCAACAGUUAAAUGUUCUUUGCUGAAAAUGGCCUGGUCUGGUACUUUUUUACUAAUGACAUUUUUGUUCAAAUUUUUACUGUGCAAAAAGUUGUUGGGGAGGGUGGAUUUGGACUAUUCUGAGGUGUUUGCACCUUUAUAUUUAUUGUUACAGUUAAUGGCAGUAAGAGCUUGCCAGCAGAGUUAGCAGUGGGUUGAAUAUAUUUUUUAUAAAUGUUAUAUUUGGUAAAAUUAAUAGUUAGAAGUGUGGAAGUGUGUUAAUUAAUUUUUAUUAUCUUUACAAAAUGUACAAAUCUCCUUAAUAAUAAUAAAUUGUAUAAAUUUAA